AAUAAUGCAUCAACAGUGGGGUGGAGUCCCCGAUGCAGCUGUGGUACAUGACGACGGUGCGCUUUUUUUUUCACUACCUGGACACCUGGCCCUACGCAAUGUUCGACGAGAAGGUGCCCGCCUACCCAUUCAGGGGCCGCAAGUUUUUAUUUGUUAUGUGGACGCUCACAUUUUACGUUUGCGCUUGGUUUCUCAUAACCAGCAUUGGGGUAGUUGGUUUCAUCGAACUUGCACAGUGCUACAUCACAAUAUUCCUGAACUGCGUCGGUACGUAUCGUGCUACUGUAACGUGGAGGCCAAAGUUCCAGCAACUAUUGAAACAGUUUGUUACUGAACUUCAUCUAUUACUCCACCAACACAAAUCUAAAUAUUACAAGGAGAUAAGUGAUCGCGUCCAUUCAAUUUGCUUGCUAUGUACAAGGAUGCUAGUCGUAGAAAUAAUUAUGGCCGUAUUAAUGUUUAAUAUCCCACCGAUAGUGAAUAAUUACAGGGCCGGGAUGUUGAGCACCACCCGGCCCGUUAACGGAACAUUUGAACCUACUUUCAAUUUAGCGUUUCCUUAUGUCGAUACUGAGUCUAAGUCAUUGUCCGAUUACAUCCCAAUGACGAUCGUACAAGUUUAUUUGACUGUUGACUGUACCGUUUGCCUUCUCAUAUUCGAUUGCUUAUCAUCGCUAAUCUUGUUUCAUGUGUGGGGUCAUAUUAAAAUAUUGAUUUACAACUUGAAUAAUGUUCCUGUUCCCAAGACAAGCAGUCAGUUCGAAUUGAACGAAGACCCUCUAUUUUAUAGCUCAGAGGAAGACAUAAUGAUUAAAAAUAUACUAAAAGAAAAUAUAGAACACCAUAUAAUGAUCAAUCAAUUCCUGGACAAGUACUCGUUGACUUUCGGUUCCUCGUAUUGUGCGCUCUACUUGUUCCAUCAAGUCAGUCUCUGCAUUUUACUAUUCGCGUGCUCGGAAUUGGAUGCCUCUUCUCUGUCUAAGUAUGGAUGUAUCACUUUCAUAGUAUUGCAACAGUUGAUACAAAUGUCCGUCGUAGUGGAACUCGUGACAUCUGAGGCCCAGAAGGUGAUGAACGCUGUGUACAGCGUUCCAUGGGAGAGGAUGUCCGCCAGCAACAGGAAGAUGGUGGCUGUGUUCCUGCUCAACGCGCAAAAUCCGAUGCAAUUCAAGGCCAUGGGCAUGGUGCCCGUUGGAGUGCAAACAAUGGCUGCUAUCCUAAAGACAUCGUUUUCCUACUUCAUGCUGCUUCGUACUUUCGCCGUGGAAAACGAACAGCAGUACGAUUAA